AUAAAACUCUGUCUCCGUCUGAAGCCUGAAGGAGACGACUUCAUAUACGAUCAAGUCAUCUGAUUUGAUACCAAGGUAAAGAAGAAAUAUCAUGAGCGUAUCUCGAAUGGCUUUACUCCUCGGGUUGCUUCUAUGUAUUGAAGCUCAGCUGUCCAAUGCCCAGCACUGGUCCCAUGGUUGGUAUCCUGGAGGCAAGAGGGACCUGGACUCUUUUGGCAUGUCAGAGGUCAGGGGGAGUAUUUCAGAGGAGAUCAAACUAUGUGAGCUGGGGGAAUGCAGCUACUUGAGACCCCAGAGGAGGAAUAUUCUAAAAGCCAUUCUUUUGGAUAUCUUAGCCAGAGAACUCCAGAAGAGAAAAUAAUGUUUUUUUUUCUACAACCUGACUCCCCUUUUCAGUAUAUUUAUUUUAAAUUAUUUUCUGACUUCAAAUGUGUUUUUAUUGUUGUUUAAGUGUGGGCUGUUGUGUUUAUUUAUUAUUUUGUGGCAUCUAUGGUCAGUU